AGGGUGAAUCAAAUGCUUUGUGAAUAUUUUAAUUGCUCAUUAUAUGAAUUAAUAUCAUCUUUAAAAGAGAGGAGAGAAACGGUGAGUUCUCUUGUGGGCCUUGACCGUAUUAGCUACUUACUGAUCUUCCAUGUCAUGAGACCUCCAUCUGCUUUGUAUCCAUGGAUUGAAUGACAUUUUAGUUCAGGAUUUCUCUUGUCCAAAAUGAAAGAGACGUGUAAGCCAAAAACAAGGGAAAAAAAAAGGAUGCAGCAUGUUUGAUUGUUUGUUGUGAUUUUAGUCUUUUUAAUUGUUUGACGUGGUUGGUAGUAUAGGCGUGAUGGUCUGAAUGGUGAUUGUUAUUUUUGAAAGAAAAGAAAGUCAUGAGAAGAGGAACGAUGAUAUAAUGAAGUUUAACGUACGUAUGUUUCCCUUGCACAAUGAUUAGAGGAAAAUAUAUAUGAGAAGAAUAGAGAAGUGAAUCCUAUAAAAAAAAGCUUUUACAAAAUUCAGGUACAACCUGGGUACCCAGAUUUCGGGUUUCAAAAACACGGAUUAUUCCGAGUACUGGCCCGAGUCAUAACCUGGGUUAACUGGGGCUGGUAAUUGGAUUCAGGUCCGGGUAUACCCGAGUUCCUGGACUUGGAUCCGGAUGAACAAUCCUAGUCUUUUUUUUUUUUUCAUGUUUUUAAUUAAUCUACGUGGUUAGGUGUGUUAAAAUUGAAGGCUGUGUGGAUGAACUGAUAAACAAAUAGGAGAGAGAUGUACAAGUCAAGGCUGCAAGAGCUCUGCCACAAACGAUCAUGGAGUGUACCGGUUUACACAACCAUAAAGGAUGGCCCCGACCACAACCCUCGCUUCACAGCCACUGUGACUGUCAAUGAUGGAUUUUUUCACACGCAGAACCCUUGUAGAACAUCUAAAGAGGCUCAAAACGAUGCUGCUUCCGUUGCCUUCCACCACCUUACUAACCCUAAUCCUCCCCCGGCUCAGGCUUCCAUUGUCUCAUCUUUCGGUCAUUUCCCACAGCCUUCACUUCCCUCUGCACCAGGUUCUUUAAGUGAAAGUACUGAUUUGGAUGUUGUACUCACUACUGAGCACACAUUGCAACCAAAGAUAGAAGAAAUAUGCCAAACUCCUCAAGUCAAUGGCACUGCCUUACAUGUCAAUGAUGAUAAUAGAUCUAGAGAUAUGCAACAUUUGUACAAGAACCAGCUACAAACCUAUGCUCAAAAAAGAAAUCUAAUUCUACCUGUCUACUCUUGUGAAUGUGAGGGCCCUCCUCAUGCUAGACGCUUCAAGUGUAAUGUCACAAUUGAUGGACAGACCUAUGAAAGUCCAGAGUUCUUUUCCAGUAUUAAGGAUGCUGAACAUGCAGCUGCAAAAUUUGCCUUAACAUCUUUGUCGCCAGAUGGAGUUAGAAAGGAUGAUUCUGGACUCUACAAGAAUCUUCUACAAGAGUUUGUUCAGAAAGAAGGGUUGGGUUUACCUGUUUAUGAUACAAUCAAAUCCGGUGAACCUCAUGCACCAAUUUUUGUUUCGACAGUGGAGAUAGAUGGAAAGGUUUUUAAAGGACAAGAAACAAGGAACAAAAAGCAGGCAGAGAUGAGUGCGGCAAAGGUUGCUUUCACUACUAUGAAAGAAUUUAGUGCUGAAGUCAACUGUUAUCCGUCCAUUGUAUCUUCUGGACCCGAUACCGUUACAUCGAGUGACAGAGCUUCAUUGUCAUCUGACUCUUCACAUGGCUGUGCACCGGAAACAUCCUUUUCUGCCCCAUUCAUGCCUAAAACUGGCCUACCUUCACAUUCUUCUUCAUCUUCAAACUGCUCAACUGAUUUUGAUAUGGAAAGUCUCGUGACGCCAGUGGGAAUGAGGUCCUCAUCCUGUAAAACGAUAUAUGUUUUCCCACGGAUGCCAAACAUGACAACUCCUAAAGGCUGCACCGUGUUGCCCAUGAGUGAUGAUAAAUGGGUUGCUUUCUCCCCUGAGUAGCUAAGUUGGUUGGUUGACCAUCCUUUAUAGAAGUCUGUCACAUAGAUACUAUUAAUGAACUGUCGAAUUGUGUAUUGCACAUAUGUAAAUAUGUGAAUGCUGGAUCUAUACAAGAAAGCUAUAUUUUCAAUCA